CCAAUUAUAUAUAGACAAGAAGAAAAAGGCAUGUAAAUGUAUGUUAUGUUACAUGUUACAUUACGCAUGUGUGGUGUUGGCAUUGGGGUUCAGUGUGGAGCAACUUGCAAGACCAAACUUGUUUGUGCUGCGCUGCGCUGUUUUGUUUGUGCCCACAACGCACCGUGGUUGAUGUAAACGAGGUUUUAACGUUAUCAUAUCAUCUAUCAUCUCUUCUCCUUGUUUUUUUCUCCAUCAUUUCAGGGCUUUCUUUCUUCUCUUUUACCCUCACUCACCCCCCAUAUUCUAUUCUCCUCAAAAUAUCUUUCUAUUUUCCUCUCAACCCCAACAAAAUUCCAAAUUUCCCCCCUCUCCUUUUCACGUCACUUAGCACAACCGGGAUGCUCCACUUUCUCAAGGAUUAUUUGCUAACUGAAUCCUAAGUGUAAUUGAGAUGGACGGUGAUAUAUUUGGAGAAUUAGGCAAUUCAACUCAAGUAGAUAGCAGGCUUUUACAGGUAUUUCAGAAGAGCUUAUUGCAAGCUCAAGAUAUUUUGAAUCAAAACCGGUUGCUGAUCAAUGAGAUAAACCAAAAUCAUGAGUCCAAGAUGCCUGAUAAUCUGAGUAGAAAUGUGGGUUUGAUUAGAGAGCUCAAUAGCAAUAUCAGAAGGGUGGUUGAUCUCUAUGCUGAUCUUUCUAAUUCCUUUACCAAGUCCAGAGAGGCUUCUUCUGAAGGUGACUCCAGUGGGACUUUGAAGUCUGAUGGAAAAGUCAACCAGAAGAGAAUUAGAUCCAGCUGAUUGAUUGAAUUUCUGCUUUCACGCAAUCAAGAAGUUUAUUCUGAAGCUGGAAGGAAUUUGUUUGGUGUGAAUGUGUAACUUCCUCCAAAGUUAUUUUUGUGCCAAGUCUUCCAUAUUGGUUUUAUGUUUAGAGGCCCAGAGAUUUAGUUAAUCAUCUGAUUUAUAAAAGUAGCUUCAAUUUGAGGACUAUACACUUGUGAUUUUUGUGUAACUCAGUUAACUUCAUGAAAUGGAGCAUGUUCACGGACCAUUUAGGCAAGUUUCCAAGCUUGAUCUUCUUAGAUCCAAUUGAUAUUUCGUGGUUAAGUUCUGGAUAGUUAUUCAUUUGUUCUGCAUGUUGAUCA